AUGGACGCCGGAAGUGCAUUGAAUACCGGGCAAGAAUUCAUUCCUAUAGCAACCUUCCUGACGAAAUCGGACACGCGAAAGACGGAGAGAAGAAAUAUUCAUAGACCAACCAGACCAAGUGUGAAACCUAAAAGCGUUCAAGUACCAACCUGUGUAUAUUGUAAGGGAGAGCACUCAAGUACAAACUGUGUAAAAAUUAAAGAUCAUGAACAGAGGCUCAAUAUUUUAAAAGAAAAGCAGUUAUGUUUUAAUUGUCUACGCAGUCACAAGGUUAGCGAGUGUAGAUCUAAAUUCAAUUGCAUGAUAUGUUCGCGCCGACACCAUACUAGCUUAUGUGAGGAAGAAUCAAGAAAAAAAUCUACAGAUGAACCCCCUAAAACACAUGACGCGAAGGAAACCCAGUCAUCCGUGCUUCACUCGGCCCAUAAUUUCGCACUAGGACCCGUUUUACUGAAGACAGCCGUUUCCAUGGUUACAUCAUCUUGCACCUCCACAACCGCGAUCAUCCUGUUUGAUGAAGGUUCCCAGAGUUCGUUUAUCACUGAACGUCUAGCACAGAAACUGCAGCUACAGCCAACCGGCAGUGAAACGCUAUGCUUAUCAGGGUUUGGAGACACAGAGAGACGCAUACGACGCCUAGAUACAGCAACCGUCUAUUUACAAACUCCAGAAGUUAACAUCCCAAUCAAAGUGCUGAUAGUACCUGAAAUUUCCGUGACGCUAAAAACUUACCAGAAACGCGUUGGUCAUCUUCCGUACCUGAAAAGACUCAAACUUGCUCAUCCCAUGUCAGAAGAAGAUAACUUCGAGAUCGAGAUAUUAGUGGGCGCUGACCAUUACUGGGACAUAGUGCAAGAUACUAUCAUUAGAGGAGACGGGCCUACAGCUAUACAAUCGAGAAUCGGCUAUCUUUUGUCCGGGCCUUUGAGUACCGAAAAUCAGAUACAGCCAUCCCCAUUUCCCGUGUCUAUGUUGAACGUUAUGACUAUGCACGUGCAGGAAGAAGUCAAUCUAGAGAGAUUUUGGGAAGUAGAAUCAUUAGGAGUAGAACAGAAGUCGGUACACCAAGGCUACGAAGAAUAUACCAAACAGUACCAGAACACAGGCAUUUCGUAUGAGAAUGGAAAGUACAUUGCAAAAUUACCCUGGAAAGAAAAUCAUCCAUUUUUGCCCAGUAAUGAGCUGAUAAGCCGACGAAGAACUGUUAGUGUAGUAAACCGCCUUAGAAAAGAACCAGAACUACUUCAGAAGUAUGGAGAGAUUUUAAGUGAACAGGAGAAGAGAGGUUUCAUAGAAAAGAUUACAGAUGUCAAAUCAAGCGAGAAUACCAAAGUUCAUUAUAUUCCCCACCAUCCAGUAAAGAAAGACUCGGCGACCACACCCAUACGUAUUGUAUACGACUGCAGCUGCAAGUCAACACGAGAUUCCCCCACCUUAAAUGAGUGCUUGAUGAAAACCCCACCCAUCCUUAACGACCUAACAGCUAUAUUACUACGCUUCCGAUACCACGAAUUUGCUGUGUCCACAGAUAUCGAGAAGGCGUUUUUGAACAUCGGUCUACAUCCAGACGACCGUGACGUCACUAGGUUCUUUUGGUUAUCAGAUCCGAACAACCCAGACAGUCCACUACAGAUAUAUCGCUUCAAGUCAGUGCUCUUUGGAGCUACGUGCUCGCCGUUUAUAUUAAACGCUACCGUAACAAAACACCUUGCCUUACACAGAUGCGACGAUACAGAACGUAUUCAACAAGGAUUAUAUGUCGAUAACAUACUUACCAGCGUACCAGACGAGUCUACACUGCUAGAUUUCUACACCAACAGCAGACAACUGUUCCAGAAAGCAUCCUUAAUUUGA